AUGUUCAGCGCAUCAGUACGACGGCAGAGCGGUUUGAGAAGCCAGUUCAGAGCUCGAGGCAUUUUACAACGGAACUGUGGAGUGUCGUUGCGUUUCUUCACACUGUCCCUGACGACGAUGAGCAACGAUAUCACGAUCGACGACUUUCCUGCUUUGAGGCUGAAGCAUGUUUUCGUCAAGGACGAGGUCGGGCUCCUAAAGAAGAUUAACGCUAUUCUGCAAGGCGGUGCGAAUAAUUUGCAGAUAGUCACAGAUUUUGAUCUGACUCUGACGAAGCAACACAUAAAUGGCACACAUUCACUCAGUAGUUUCGGCAUGUUUCGGAAAAGCAAGCAACUACCAGUAAAAUAUUUAGAAGAGGCUAAGAGUUUGUACGCGAAAUACCGGCCCAUGGAGAUAGAUCCGAACCUGUCUCUGAAUGAUAAAGUGAACGCUAUGCACGAAUGGAUGACAACGGCACAAAGUCUGCUCAAAGGCAUCGAGUUUGACUCGCAUGAGAUAGAGGAGUUGGCCCAAUCGUGGGGCGGAAUCUUGCGCGACGGUACGGAAGAAAUAUUUGAGAAGCUGCACAAUGCACAAGUACCGGUAGUGGUAUUUAGCGCCGGUUUGGGUGACAUGGUGGAAGCUGUGUUGAGGUACCACAAUGCUCUCUACGAUAAUGUAAAAGUAAUCUCCAACUUCCUCAAGUAUAACGGAAAUCACUUGGAUGGAUUUAAGAGCGAUUUGCUCAUUCAUGCGUACAAUAAGAAUGAAUGUGCACUAGAGAAAGAUUACGUGAACAUGCUCGGAGAGAAGCAAAAUGUUUUAUUAAUGGGCGAUACGACCGGUGAUGCUGAUAUGGUGGGGAAAAUGGAAGACUCCAAGACAGUCCUGAAAAUAGGGUUUCUUUAUGAGCACGUGGAUGACAGCUUACACAUGUUCAUGGACAAAUUUGAUAUCGUUCUGGUCGACGACCAAACAAUGCGAGUACCGAUGGAAAUAUUGCAGAACAUCUUGCAAUGAUAUUUUGAUAAUGAUUUAUACGAAAAUUUACUUGCGCCUAUGUAUGUACACUUGAUUUAAAUGCGCGGAAAUCUUUUACGUACAUUAUAACAUUAUAAUUCAAGAUAUAUAGAUUGUUCGACACUUUUACAUUUGUUUGAGAAGCUCACUCAAAGACAUUAAUAUAUUUUUAACAAUAAUAAUAAAAUUAAAAUUU